CUGUGUUACCCGUGGCAGUUAAUUCUAGUGAGGAUGAGAACUCGGAGAUAUUGUUGAGAAUGGAGGGAAAUGUUGAUGAAGAUAAUGUUUUCCAAGUGGCUGAAUCCGACAAUCAUAUUGAUACUCUCUUUCAAGUCCACGUUUAUCCCCCUUUUUUGGGGUUUAAGUCAUGGCUAUGUUUUCUUUUUGGGGUUUGUUUGGCCCAGUCCAAUUUCCAUAGCUAUGUGGCCGAUCCUUUAAAUUUAAUCUGGGAAGGUUUUAAAGUUGGUAGUAAUUUAAAAUAAAUAUCAAAUUGACAUUAUUAUGCAUGACGAAAUUAAAAAUAUUCCUGAAUUUACCAUCGGGCACUUGGAUCAAAUUGAUUACAGAAGGUUAGUCCUCUUAGUUAGAGGUCUUUCGUUUGAGUCUUGAAUAUCCACAAAAAGGUGCUUGCAAGUUGUUGACGGGAUCAAUCUAGGUUAAAAAUCCAGGAUAUUGGAAUAAAAGCAAAAAUAUGCCUGGAUUUUUUUUUUUUCUAUUGUUGCUCUAGUUACGAGACUGGCUAGCUAUUUUCGUGAAAGUGGACGUGUACAGAAGGGAAAGGAUCAAGAGUUUUCCAUAUAUAGUUCCUAGUUGAUGUUUGCAAGUCAAUGUUUGGAUGAAUAUUCAUUUGCAACAAGGAAGAUAGGGUUAUCUUCAGAUAUAGUUUAGCAUUUGAGGAUAUUAGAAAAAAUUGAGUUUAGAGAAACAUACUGUAUCUGUUUCUCAUGUUUAGAUGUUUAUACAGAUGAACUGAGAGUCAAGAGAAAAAUGAUAAUCUGAAGUUUCAUGAAUUCAAUAUUAAUCUUUUUAAAAUUCGCAUGCAACUAUCCUUAAAAAUAAGUGACAUUGCAUAAAUUCAUAAGGGUUGAAGGGAAAAAAUAUUUCAAAACUAUUUUAUGAGUGGUGCUUGAUAUCUUUAAUUUUUUUUUGGAAUAAUGUCACCUCAAAACUUUUAAAAAUAAUGUAAUGUCAGCUUGUAUCGUUAGUAUAUAUUUUGCAGUGUAUUUAAUUGAAAAUAUCAAUUUAAAUAAUUGCAAAUUAAAAGGUUCCUGGUGCAAAUAAGAUGCAUUAAGAUUUUUGUUUGUAAUUGUGUGAAUCAAUACUUGAAUCUCACUUUUUCAAAAAAUUUUAUGAGGCAGCUAACAAUCAUUAAUUCCCUCUUUUAGGAAUUUAUUGCCAUUCUCCCCGAAAGUCACCAGUAGGUCGGGUUUUCAAGUUGUUUGUUUUUUCCCCACAUUCAUCCAAAUGCACGUCUAACUCAACCUGAGAGAAGAAGAUUAGACACUUAGGUUGGCAAGCAUUCAACAAAUUGCACUGCAAAAUAUAUACUCAAUUCGGUCCCAAAUAUAGGAAUCUAUCCUGUCAGAUUGAGAAAAACGAUUGACACAACUAAACUUAUUAAAUUGGUCACAUUCAAAAAUAGCGCCCAUUACAUAAGGUUGCGUGAAUAGUAAUAGAAUUAUAAAACCGAGUACACAAUUUUAUAUUUGGUAAUGGUGGUGGUGACGUGCAAAAGAAAUGGAUAGAUUGUACGAGGCUAUUAGUGAAAACAACUGGAAUGCUGCGAAAGCCAUACUGGAGGAGAACCCAAGUGCCUUGACCGCAAAGAUAACUUCUUCAGGCAAAACAGCACUUCACGCGGCUGUAAUGUAUGGGCACGUGACCUUAGUGGAGAAGCUUGUCAAAUUAGUUCCCCCAGAAUUGCUAGAAACUAAGGAUGACUUUGGCGAUACGCCACUUUUAAGUUCUACGGUCACUGGAAUCACUCAAAUUGCAGAAUGCCUAGUGAGUAAGAAUAAGGACACACUUGGCAUUUCCAACUCAACCAAAGAACUUCCUAUCGCAUUGGCUCUUCUCAAUGGUCAUCAACAAAUGGGACGUUAUCUUUAUUCUAUCACUCCUUUGAAACUCCUCACACCGCCAGAGAAUGGCGUUCACGGUACUAUGGUUCUUCUCCGUUGUUUCCAAACUAAAUGUCUCGAUAUUGUUCUGCAUUUGCUUGGACGAUGCCCAGAAUUGCUUUUCAAAUAUGAACAGUUCGAAUGGGGAUGGAGUCCGAUUUAUGGUAUCGCAACAUUGAACUCCGCUAUUCUUCCCAGUAAAAGCGAACUCGUGUUCUGGAAACGAUUGAUCUACAAAUUAGCUGAUAUCAAUCAUGCCACCAGUGAAUACAUCCAGCAAGAAGAUAAUAGAGAAAACCGUCGAGCAGAGCCUGCAAAGCCAGGUAUUAAUGAUGAUGCUUUACUAAAAAGGCUCAUCUCAUGCACCUAUGAUUUUGAAGGAAUCAAGAAAAUGCGAGAGCUAAAGUUGCUGCAUUCACAAGCAGAUCUCAUUCUUCGACUAGUUUGCAGUAAUGUAAAGAAAAUCAAGCCCGCUGAUAUGAAAAUUAUCGUAUAUUCUUCAUAUGAAGUAAAUAUUUUAGAAGAGGCUCUACGUCUUGCUGCGGCUGAAGGAAAUGUUGAGUUCAUUCUACAAAUAUCAAAAGCAAAUCCUCAGCUUCUCCACAGCGCUGGAGCAAACAUUUUCCGCACUGCUCUUUUGCAUCGACAAGAUAGGGUUUUCAACCUUGUCCACGAGCUUCGCUUCAAGGAUGCCUUAUUUGCAAGUAGAGAUAGUGAUGGAAAUACCAUGCUACAUGCAGCAGCCAAGCUAGCUCCUCCUUCCGUUCUUAGCCGCAUCUACGGACCAGCAUUGCGAAUGCAAAGAGAAUUGCAAUGGUUCAAGGAAGUGGAGAGGUCAGCCCCCCCUGUAAUGAGGAUAGCUAAAAACUGUAACGGCCUGACUGCUGAGGAAUUAUUCAAAUUAGAACACGAGGAAUUGAAGAAGAAAGGAGAGGCUUGGAUAAAGAACAUAGCAGGUGCUUGUUCUGUUGUUAGUACCCUUAUUGUCACCAUCAUGUUUGCCGCAACUAUUACUCUUCCUGGAGGAAAUGACCAACAAGUUGGUUACCCUUUGUUUUUUAAAAAACCAUUUUUUAAGGUUUUCCUUUCCUCCGCUGUACUAUCAUUCAUCAGCUCUUCCAUUUCUCUUCUGAUGUUCCUAGCAAUCUUUGCCUCUCGCUUCUCCGAAGAAGAAUUCCUCAAAUCCAUAUUCACAAAGUUGAGUUUAUGUCUUUCGUCACUUUAUAUCUCUGUUGUAUCCAUGAUAGUAGCCUUUCUCUCUACCAUUCGUCUCGUGUUGAAGAAUACAAAUGACUCGCUGAUUCUCCCUCCCAUUAUUAUACUUGCAAGUCUUCCCAUUCUCCUCUUUGUUAUGUCACAGUUCCCAUUUCUUCUCAGAGCUACUUUUUCUUCUCAGCGGAGUUUAUUUUAUCGGAAAGUGAAGCCAUGGUCAUGAUAUAUUUGUAAUGGAUGUUCCAUUGUGUCUUUUAUUAUUUGUUUAAUAUAUAUUUCAGUUCUAGCUGCAGACACAGAGUGAUGUGGUAUGGAUCGGAAUAAAUUACGCAUUGUUAUUACAUGUGUAAAAUCAAAUCAGUGUCUUCUCACAUUAAUGGUAGGAGUGUGGAGCUUA